GGAAGUGUUCUCGCAGAGGCGGCCGUGAAGUCGGGCUGAGGUGUCCCUGGCUGCUGCCUGGCUACUCUUCCGCGUGUGGGCGCGGGGACCCGGAGGCGGCCAGCGAGAGCUAGUGGGGGAGGGGGGCGAUGCCAUGAGGCAGCCGGAAAGCCUGGCGAGGUCUGGAGGUUGACUGUCCCUGCCGCCUUCCCGUGAGGCCGCCGCCUCCAGGCAGCCGCCCGUUCCCCUCAGGGUCUCGCAUCCUGCGGUCGUCCAGCGCCUGGGACCGGGGCUCCCGGGCCCUAGACACCGCGCUAUGACGGCGGCCGCCGCCUCCAACUGGGGGCUGAUCACCAACAUAGUGAACAGCAUAGUAGGGGUCAGUGUGCUCACCAUGCCUUUCUGCUUCAAACAGUGUGGCAUUGUCCUGGGGGCCCUGCUCUUGGUUUUCUGCUCUUGGAUGACACACCAGUCCUGCAUGUUCCUGGUGAAGUCCGCCAGCCUGAGCAAGCGGAGAACGUACGCCGGCCUGGCGCUGCACGCCUACGGGAGAGCGGGGAAGAUGCUGGUGGAGACCAGCAUGAUCGGGCUGAUGCUGGGGACGUGCAUGGCCUUCUACGUUGUGAUUGGCGACUUGGGGUCCAACUUCUUUGCUCGGCUGUUCGGGUUUCAGGUGACCGGCACCUUCCGCGUGUUCCUGCUCUUUGCGGUGUCCCUGUGCAUCGUGCUCCCACUCAGCCUGCAGAGGAACAUGAUGGCCUCCAUCCAGUCCUUCAGCGCCAUGGCCCUCAUCUUCUACACCGUGUUCCUCGUGCAGAUCGUGCUGUCCUCCCUCAAGCACGGCCUGUUCGGCGGGCAGUGGCUGCAGCGGGUCAGCUACGUGCGGGGAGGGGUCUUCCGCUGUAUCCCCAUCUUCGGCAUGUCCUUCGCCUGCCAGUCCCAGGUUCUGCCCACCUACGACAGCCUGGACGAGCCGUCGGUGAAAACCAUGAGCUCUAUAUUCGCCUCCUCCCUCAACGUGGUCACCACCUUCUACGUCACGGUGGGCUUCUUCGGCUACGUGAGCUUCACCGAGGCCACCGCGGGCAACGUGCUGAUGCACUUUCCCUCCAACCUGGUGACGGAGAUGAUGCGCGUGGGCUUCAUGAUGUCGGUGGCCGUGGGCUUCCCCAUGAUGAUCCUGCCGUGCCGACAGGCCUUGAACACACUGCUCUUCGAGCAGCAGCAGAAAGAUGGCACCUUUACCGGGGGGUACAUGCCCCCUCUGCGGUUUAAAGCGCUCACCCUCUCUGUCGUGUUUGGAACCAUGGUCGGUGGAAUCAUGAUCCCAAACGUGGAGACGAUCCUGGGCCUCACGGGCGCCACGAUGGGAAGCCUCAUCUGCUUCAUUUGUCCGGCUCUGAUCCAUAAGAAAAUCCACAAGAACGCCCUUUCCUCCCAGGUGGUGCUCUGGGUUGGCCUGGGCAUCCUGGUGGUCAGCACACACACUACCCUGUCCGUGAGCGAGGAGGCCCCUGUGGACUUGGCCGAGGAAGCCCCGGCCGGCCGGCUGGAAGAGGCCGAGGGCAUCAUAAAGGCAGAGGCAGCCCGGCUCCCAGGCCAGAACCCGCUGGUGGACGUGGCCGAGGACGGCCGAGACAAGCCGAAGCUGCCGAAUAACAAAGAGGAGACGGAGCAGGCCCAGAUCAAGGGCCCUGUGAACGUGCCCCAGAGGGAGGAUGCCAAGAACAAACAGGAGGAGGUGCAGCUGGACCGCCCCGGCCAAGGCGCUGUGCUCCCGAUGGGCGAGGCCCACCGCCACGAGCCCCCCGUCCCUCAUGACAAGGUGGUGGUGGACGAGGGGGAGGACCAAGAAGAAGCAGAGGAGAAGGAGCGUCCGUCCAAGCACCUGGAUGAAAAGGCUGUGGGCGGCAAGGCUCAGAUGGCACCACCUCUGCCAGAUUCAGAAAGAGAGAGACCCAGACAGGACCCGGGCUUGGAGGCAGCAGGUGGUCUCCCCAGAGAGCCCCAGAAGGUUCCAGAAGAAAAUGGCCAGCCAGCCGUCGAGCCUGUGAAGGAGGACCGGGGGCCAGGAGACAGGGGUCUGCAUCCGGGGCCCCAGGCCGUGCUCCCCGAGGGGCAGGACGCCCCGGCGGCGGGCGCAGGGGAGCGAGCAGGCGGGAUCCCGCUGCCAGGCCGGGCCGCAGGGGCGGCGGGCGAGCUGGCAGAGAAGAGUCAGCCCGGUGGGAAGGUUCCCCUCCCGGUGAAGCUGGCCCCCGAGCCUGGGCCGCAGGCAGAGCUGCGAGAACAGAGGAACGUGGAGGGCCAGGGCGCGGGCCAGGGCGGAGGCCACGCUGGCAGCAAACUGGAGGCUGAAAUCAAAAAGAUAGUAGCAGAAGCUGGCCGGGCGGAGAUGCUGGACCACGCCGUCCUGCUGCAGGUGAUCAAGGAGCAGCAGGUGCAGCAGAAGCGGCUGCUGGACCAGCAGGAGAAGCUGCUGGCGGUGAUCGAGGAGCAGCACAAGGAGAUCCACCAGCAGAGGCAGGACGGCGAGGAGGCUGAAGUGCCGCCCGAGCCUGGAGUGGCCGCGCCCAGGGGGAAGGAGCUGGAGGCCCCCGGCGAGGAGACCGUGGAGCACCCCCCCCAACAGCCUUUGGAAGCCGCGCUCGGAGCUCCGGGGCGACCCCCCGCUCCUCCCCAGGGGCACGGCCAGCGCUCCGCGGAGGAGCCCUUGGGGGCCGCGGGCAGAGCUCCGGCCGGUCCUCCUGGCGCGGCCGACGCGGAGCCCCGGGCUGCCCCGGCUGAGCCGAGGGAGGGCCGGCCGGGCGUCGUGCCUGAGGCAGCGGGCGCCGGGUGCGGGAGCGGGCGCCCCGUGCCGGGCCCUGCUGAGGCGCCCAGGAGCCCAGAGAAGCUCGUCGCCGGCGAGUUCCCGGAACAGGGUCAGGACGUUUUUGGCGGAGGCUCCCGCGAAAGGAGGAAAUCCAGAAAAGAGGCGGCAGCCACUGGUGCCGGGGCUCGGAAGGAGGCAGAUGCGCCGGAGGCGAGGGAGAUAAGGGACCCGCGUGUGAAGUCGCAGCCAGUCAUCCGAGACCAGGGGCCUGCAGGCCUGGCCAGCAAGCCCGGAGGAGCGGCCCCCCGGGCCCAGGCCGAGACCCGGCAGCUGGCGCACCGGGCUGUUUCCGCACUGGGUCAGGCUGGGCAGCAGGGCGGUCACCCGGAGGCCAGAAGGGCCCCUGGCGGGGACCGUGUGCCUGCUCAGGGGGAGGACGCUGCCGUCCAAGAACCUGAGCAGAGGCCAGACCCAGAUCUUGGGCCCAAACCAGCCAUCCCCGGGGCCCAGAAGCCAGACUACGCCAAACCCAACCGAGACCUGAAAGUCCAGGCCGGUUCUGACCUUCGGAGGAGACGGCGGGAUGUGGCUCCCGGGCAGGGGGAGCCAGCCCCAGCCCCGAAGGACAGGGUCAUCAUCAGCUUCAACCCUCUCCCGGAUGUGCAGGUCAACGAUCUCCGGAGUGCCCUAGAGACCCAGCUCCGCCAGGCUGCAGGGGGUGCUUUGCGGGUGGUCCAUGGUCGCCAGAUUAAGCAGCUGGCUGAGGCCCUGGAGGAUCCCUGAGCACCCCUGAUGGCCACCGUCCUCCUGGCUGGCUGGUGUCACCCAGCCACACCGGGACCACGUGGGCGCGGAGUUCCAGAGUUCACACCCUGGGUGGGAGUCUGAAAGACCUCUCGCUGCGGCCUCGUUUCCAGACAGCUUGUGCCUGUGCUAUCCCGCCUCUUGUCCAAGUGACUGAGCUCGCUGCGGCCUCGAGGAGAAACAGCCACUCGCCAAGACUCCGACGAUGCAGCGUCCGGUUGGGGCCUCGAGAGAGGCCGGCCGGGGACCACAGCCCCGACAGGGGCUCGGGGAGAGCGAGAGCCCCCCGUCUGCCCGACUCCCAGUUGCUCUAACUGUUCAUUGUUCACGCGAUGUUCUGAGAGUUGUGGAAAACCCUAAUACACACUGCCACCACCUGGCUGCUCAGUGGACGCUGCUUCGUGUCUGUGGGGCACCGGGCACGGGGCUGGGCUGCCCACGGGGUCAGAGAGCUGCCCGGGCGCACACCCGCCCCUGCCCCUUCGAGCUCUGCUCUGCGUGCUCCAGUCCCUGCGGUUUCCCAAACCAGAAAGUGGUUUUAAACAUAACCAACGGCGCGACGUCUGGUUAGCGGGGCCGGCGUCGAGGAGCCCCCGUGGCCAGCGUAGAGCUGCAACAGGCGGCCGGAGAACCCCUGUUGACCAAACGUCACGGGUGACACGGAAACUGGACCCCACGCAGCCCCGGAAAGACCCUGUGAGCAGGCGGGGUGGUGUUUGGGGGAGACUUUCAGGGAACAGAAGCCCAAGGCUUGCCCCCGGCUUUUCGGAGGCUGGUCGGGGGGCAGGUGUGACUGGCACGUGCGGUGGGCUGCCCACCUUCAAGCUCAGGCCUGUGCCAGCUCCGUCCCACGUGUAUGCCCCACACCCCUUCCAAGGGCAGGGGCCCUGGGUGCGGCUGCCCCCUGACAGCUGGCCAGGGGUGCCUGGGCGGUGGAAGGACCACAGCUGCCCGGGCAGCUCCAGCCGUCGCUUCUGGCCUCCCCCGCACCUUUGAAAUCGUGUAGUUUUUUCUGUCCUUGGACGGCUUGAGGACCAGAAUUAGUAAUAAAAGGAGGGGAGGGA